CCAGGUUAAGAAGCUAUAUAAGAAGCUAUACAAGGGCCCGGUGUUCAGUUACCACGUUUUCGGUAUUUCCCAUUACAAGUAUAUCUGCCUAGCAGUCGCCAGCGGCAAUGUCUAGGCUGAAAUAUCUCGCACUUAACGUCCUCCGUUAUCGCUCCCGCUACAUUCUACUAACUAUGUACGAACAAACUAAUCACAGAGCUAUACAGCUAUUACAGCCCGAGACAGUAUGACCAACGAAUAAAAAGUCAAGUUUCUCUGUAUUGGUAUCGGAUUCUGCGGCACUGUGUGGGCGUUCUCUGAACGCGGUUCGGCCUACAAAAGAGAAGACGAAGGGCCGGAGAAAUCCUUGAACAAUGAUUUCCGCAUGCACCGGCGUGCUCUCGGGAGCUUUCGUGACUUUUCAGAUAUUCUAACACCCCAAAUCCAGAUCCCCUGAUGCUACCGCUUCAUUCGGCCUACGGCCACAAAGUGGUGGAGCAAAAACCUAUCCAGAUUCCCAGCAGGAUACUCACCUUGCAAGAUGAUUCAUUGCCAGCGCAUCCCCCAUUCCCUAAAUCCACUAGGAAGUUUCUCAUCAACAAAUACUGUCCACGGAGAAUUCGUCGAGCGGUCUGGUUGAGCGAUGCUAAAAAGGAUUGCAUGGUGAGACCAUGUCUAGGCAGACGACAAAUACAAACACAGGCAGACAAGCCUCCACCGUUUGAGAUGUUUUCAUUACGAAACUGUUCUUUAUGUGCAGACCAAAUGGAGGAAAUUGGUAUACCCCCAAGUGACAUGCAGCAAUACGCAAGGAUAAUGGCAGAAGCCCUAGCUAUGCUACAUUGGAUUGGCCAGAUGGAUGGAAAUGGUGUCAAAUUUGUCCUGGCGCCUCCAGUCAAACGUCGGUCACCAAGUGCAAUGUCGAACGUUUUGGGUGAGCAUACCAUGUGGAUGUUUGAUUUCGAUCUUUGCCGGAAGAUGCCGACGAAUGUGCCAGGUGUAAAACAGGCGGUCAGAGCAUUUUGGCGUGAUGAUAUUUUUUCCCCCUCGGCUGGGUGAGUCUUCCCUUUGGAUAGCUUUUAGAUACCAGUAUCUCUAUACCAGUGAAAAGUGUACGGCCCUGUGCGAUGCUACUGAGUGUCGGAAAAGGCUGCGUCUGUCGAGGCUUUUUGUUCGCUUACUUGAAAUUGAAGGAUAAAUUACAGCGUUGUUUUAGUAUUUCUAGCUACGAUUGGAUAUGCAUGUAGUGUUUAUAUUCCUGUAAGGUGUAUACUGCGGUGACGUCAGCUUACCCUUUCAGCAUAGCGUU